UGACCUCGUGAUCCAAACGCCUCAGCCUCCCAAAGUGCUGGGAUUACAAGUGCGAGCCACCGCACCCGGCCCUGUCCUUCAUUUUAAUUCAGGAAAUGUGAUCACCAUAGUUGAAGAGGUCCAAAAGAUGUAACUGACUCUACCCUCAAAAAGCAAAUAGUUUGCUAGGGGAACAAAACCAAGGAUAUGCAUGGCACACAUAUGUGUGUGCAUCCUGGCUCCACAGACCACCCAUGCCAUGCUGGAACCACUGCCUGUGGGCCUUCCUGCUGGGCUGUGAUCCCUAUUGGCAAGGGCUAAAGCCAACACAUCCCCAGACCUCGUGCAGUGCCUGGUACCUAUGUGCUCAAAAAUGUUCGUCAAACUGACGCACCACACCAGGCAGCAGGUAGUGAGUGUCAAGGAGACACAGAUAAAACUGCAAUGAGAGGUCAGAGGAAGAGAAGAAGGAGACUUCACAUUUACUAAGACCAGUUGCAUGACAUACACUAUGUUAUUCACAGUUUAAAUUAAACAACCCUAUGAAGGAGGUAUUACUACUGCCACUUUGCAAGGAAGAUUAAGUAACUUGCCCAGAGUCAUGGAGUUGGUUAGUGACAGAGGCCAGAUUUGAGCCCAGUUCUCUCUUAACACUUCACAGCCAUGCUCAGCUACCUUCCUACUGGGAAAGUCUUAAUUCACCAAAAAAGUGGCACUGGAAGGAGGCCUGUUACAAAGUCACUAAGAUAACAAACAUGCAUCAUUUCAGUUCAUCCAAACAGGUAGUAACUGCAGUGGCAAAGGAAAAAUGAUCCUGCUGACCCGGGAGAGCUUCUUUCCUCUCCUGAGCAAGCAACCCCCAGCCACUGACUGGCACUGCCCUCCUCACCUCCCCUUCCUGUCCAGAGCUCCCCCUACCCUACCCUGACAUCCAGAGCCCUGCCUGCCCCAGCCAAACCCCUGUUACUGGGAAACACUGAGGUCAGCGUACCAGCAACGUCAGCACUAGCCGGGGAGGCCGGGGCAGAGAUUUAUCUCACCAUGGCUAAAGCUGCUGACUUUCUCAUUUCCUGCGGCUCUAUUUACAUACCUCCCACUUCCUCCUGCGCAGCUACUGAUGCAGACUUCCCCCUCCCCAUGGUGGCCAAAUGAGGGCCAGGAAGGUUCUCCAAGUCACAUAGCAACCCCUUCCCAUCCCUUCAGCCAGAGAUGAACCAGGCAUCCUCCUUGGAUGACCUUGGGCAGCUCAGCCUCUCAGCCUUGUUUUCCUUGUUUAUAAAGUAGGAAUAAAAAUACUGUCUGCCUUGCCUACCUUCCUGCAUAACCCACAGGCAAAGAGCAUGAAAAAGUGUAUGUUUCAAGGAUUGAAAAAGCAUUAAUUUAUCAGAAAGCACAAGGCCUAUUCAUUAUCAUUAUUUCAAAGUAGCGGAGGGGACAGAAUUUCUCCUCAUGGAGACAAGGCCCUGGACGCAGGACUUGCAGGCUGCUUAUUCUCCCUAGAACUGCACUGCAAGACCCCAUCCCAGCCAGGUCUCCUCUUCCUCCUUCCAGACCCCCCGCAGGAGCUUGCUGAGAGCCAGAGCUGUGAGAGGCUGCCCUCUGCUGUCCACCUGAGUCCAGACCACAGCAGCCCGCCAAGUCCGAAAUAUUGGGGCCAAUAUUGCCACCUGGUGGUCAACAGAAGCACUGCCACCAAACGGAGAGCUCAGCUUCGAAAUGGAGAAAUCUCCCUAAUUCCUGACAUCCGUCUCUGGGAUGCACACAGAUCUCCUCAUACCAGGUCACUGUGCUUUCAGAGAAAGCAUAUCGGGCUGUGUCUCAAGUCAUGCACAGACAGCAUCUAGGGUAGGUGUUGGGGUAGGGAGGAUGGAAGGAAUAUGCUAACCAGAAUACACAUUUUUAAAAUUUUAAUGUUCAAUGCCACAUACAUCCUCUCUGCACUUGUCCCACUGGGGCCCACUCACAGUGACCCAGCCCUUGUUUGGCCCAACUUACAAAAACUUCUGGCCCCCCGGGGCACCCAGAGUACUUGCUGGUCAUAAAAGAGACAGUAACAUUUCUAUGUGCCCUUUCCUCCCCCCACCCCCCACCCCCCGCUGGACCUUUUGGAGAUGAAAUUCAACAGGUAAAAGCAGGACCUGAGCAGGUGUCUCUGAAAGGAGGCAGUUGGGAGUUCCCAAAGGAAAGAGAAAAGGGAAGAGGAGAGCCAGCACAGAACCAAGAAUUGCAGAUAGAGAGCCAUGGGCUUCUCCUGGAGACCCUAAAACAGAGCCCCAGGAAGAGGUGAUGACAUAAGAGGCUUCUCAAACCUCACAAGAGGAAGUAGACCCAAGAGACACGCAUUGGAGAUCAGAGAGCGGCCAUGCAAAAGGAAAGACAGCAAACGAGCUGCAGCAAGCUCCUGAGCCCUGCAGCCCAGGGCACAGGAAACCAGAGGCAGAGCCUCAGGCCCAGGGUGAGGGGCAAAGCGCCAGCCUGAGCCUCUUGCAGCAGAGAACAGCUGGAAGAGAGAAGUGCUGGAGCCACCGGAGGAUUAUGGCUGUCUAUUCCAAGGGCAGCAGCCUGCCUGGGCCUGCGGUGCAAGGCCCAAGUCCUGACCAGGUGCUUCAACCAAGCCCAGGGAGUUAGGAACUGUGCCAGGCUGCUACAGGUAGCUGGGGCUGGAAACAUACUCAUAUUUGGGCUAUUGCACAGCCCCUGUGCAAAAACCUAGCACAUGAGCGUACUCUCUCCAGCACCAUGCAGGCUCCCAUGUAUAGCUUGUUCCUAGGACCUAUCACUACUCCCCAGACCCCUCAAAAACAAACCAAAACAAAACAAAACCCUGGCCUACACUCAGAGAAUGCUCUGGGAGGUGAGGCCACAAAAGAAACUGUCUCUUGGGAGUAGGUGGAGCCCAGCAUCAGGGGAGAGCCAGAGGAAGGCAUGUCAAGGGAGGAGCUGAGACCCAACUGAGGGUCGGCACUGGAAGAGGGCUUUCUUCACUCUAACUUGGAACCUCAUUCUGCGUAGAACUUUUUCACAGUUGGAGGGAGCAGGACGCUUAGAGUAGGGUGUUGCCCUUGGUGAGGAUUUGGAGUCCCCUGGGCUCAGGAGGGAGUGGACAGGCAUUCCCAGAAGCAUCAGCUUCUGGCAUCUCCAGAACCCUGGCUUGGACCCUGACCAAGGAGUGUCCCCAACUGCUGAAUAGGCCAGGAGUCCCCUUUCUCUAAGGCUUACAUCUCUCCCUCUGGGGUGUGUCCUGCCCCUCCCUGAGUCACCCCAAGGGGAGAGAGGGGAAAAAAGGGAAGAGAAGAGAGGCAUUGACUACAGAGGAAGGAAAAGGAAGCAGAGCAGAGGGGGGAGAGAGGCCACACAGGAGUGGGUGACAGAGGAGACUGCAGAGGGCAGGUCUAGGGCAGGAGAUCGAGAGAGGGCAGGCCCAGGUCAGGAGGAGGUAGAGAGAGGGCAACCCGAGCACCCCAAGGGGUGCCUCAAGAGCAGGUGGGGGCGGGGAGCCGAGGGGGCGGGCCGGCCAUGUCCCACGGGACCUACUACGAGUGUGAGCCCCGGGGCGGCCAGCAGCCACUUGAGUUCUCAGGGGGCCGAGCUGGGCCCGGGGAUCUGGGGGACAUGUGUGAGCAUGAGGCCUCCAUUGACCUCUCUGCCUACAUCGAGUCUGGGGAAGAGCAGCUUCUCUCCGAUCUCUUUGCGGUGAAGCCAGCGCCUGAGGCCAGAGGCCUCAAGGGCCCCGGAACCCCUGCCUUCCCCCACUACUUGCCGCCUGACCCUCGGCCCUUUGCCUACCCUCCACAUACCUUCGGCCCAGACAGGAAGGCGCUGGGGCCUGGCAUCUACAGCAACCCAGGGAGCUACGACCCCAGGGCUGUGGCGGUGAAGGAGGAGCCCCGGGGGCCAGAGGGCAGCCGAGCUGCCAGCCGAGGCGGCUACAAUCCCCUGCAGUACCAAGUGGCACACUGUGGGCAGACAGCCAUGCACCUGCCCCCAACCCUGGCAGCACCCGGCCAGCCUCUGCGCGUUCUCAAGGCCCCUUUGGCCACUGCCGCACCGCCCUGCAGUCCCCUUCUGAAGGCGCCCUCCCCCGCUGGCCCCUUACACAAGGGCAAGAAGGCAGUGAACAAAGAUAGCCUUGAGUACCGGCUGAGGCGGGAGCGCAACAACAUCGCCGUGCGCAAGAGCCGGGACAAGGCCAAGAGGCGCAUUUUGGAGACGCAGCAGAAGGUGCUGGAGUACAUGGCAGAGAACGAGCGCCUCCGCAGCCGCGUGGAGCAGCUCACCCAGGAGCUAGACACCCUCCGCAACCUCUUCCGCCAGAUCCCUGAGGCGGCCAACCUCAUCAAGGGCGUGGGGGGCUGCAGCUGAGUCUGGCUGGUGGACUUUGGGCACCAGGCUCCGUGGCACGGCCUGGCUCUGCGAACCCCCAUCCUGCUGGGGGUCUAGAACCCUGAGACAUAGACCAUGGAUAAAUGGCAACCGGGGUGGCAAGGAAGGGCAGGACCCAGCAUAAUGAUUAUGUGGCUGAAUAAAGUUGCACUGUGACUGGG